AUGGAAGGACAGACCAGAGGGAGCAGAGGUCUUCUGGAGAAACCCCUCCCGGCCGCCACUAACCCCACUCUGUCCUCACUGGGCGCCUUGUUCAUCCUCCUGAAGUCCGCCCUGGGCGCCGGCCUGCUCAACUUCCCGUGGGCCUUCUACAAGGCAGGAGGCUUGGUGCCCACCUUCCUGGUGGCACUGGUCUCUUUGCUCUUUCUGAUCAGCGGCCUGGUCAUCCUGGGCUAUGCAGCCUCCAUCAGUGGCCAGACCACCUACCAGGGCGUGGUUCGUGAGCUGUGUGGGGCUGCCAUGGGGAAGCUGUGUGAAGCCUGCUUCCUGACCAACCUGAUCAUGAUCUCUGUGGCCUUCCUCAGGGUGAUCGGGGACCAGCUGGAGAAGUUGUGUGACUCCCUCCUGCCCGACGCCCCACAACCCUGGUAUGCAGCCCAGAAUUUCACUCUGCCCCUGGUCUCCGCGAUGCUCAUCUUUCCCCUGUCAGCCCUUCGGGAAAUUGCCUUCCAGAAGUACACCAGCAUCCUAGGUACCCUGGCUGCUUGCUACCUUGCCCUGGUCAUCACAGUGCAGUACUACCUAUGGCCCCAGGGCCUCGUGCGCCAGUCCCAACCCUUGCUGAGCCCGCCCCCCUGGACCUCUGCGUUUAGCGUCUUUCCUACCAUCUGCUUCGGAUUCCAGUGUCACGAGGCCGCAGUCUCCAUCUACUGCAGCAUGCAGACCCACAGCCUCUCCCACUGGACCCUGGUCUCUGUGUUGUCCUUGCUGGCCUGCUGCCUUGUCUACUCACUGACAGGGGUGUAUGGCUUCCUGACCUUUGGGACUGAAGUUUCUCCUGAUAUCUUGAUGUCCUACCCAGGCAAUGACACGGCCAUCAUUGUAGCACGCAUUCUCUUUGCGGUCUCCAUUGUGACUGUCUACCCCAUUGUGCUGUUCCUGGGGAGGUCUGUGAUGCAGGACUUUUGGAAAAGGAGCUACUGGGCCACACGGGGUCCUCCAGUGCUGGCUGACCCCUCCGGGCCAUGGGUUCGGCUGCCACUGACCUUCCUGUGGGUGUCAGUGACACUCGCCAUGGUCUUGUUCCUGCCGAACCUCAGCGAGAUCAUCGGUAUUAUCGGGGGCAUCAGCUCCUUCUUCAUCUUCAUCUUCCCUGGUUUGUGCCUCAUCUGUGCUGUGGACAUGGAGCCCAUGGGACCAAGAGUCAAGUGCUGCCUGGAGGCCUGGGGCACCCUCACCGUGCUGGUGGGCACUUUCAUCUUCGGGCAGAGCACAGCUGAGGCUGUGGUGGAGCUGCUCUGAGAGGCCUCUGGGCUCUGGCCUGAGGACCCCUGCAGGGGUCUUCUCAUCACAAAGGUGCUGGGGAAAGGGACCGUCCUGCCUGCCGGCUGCCUGCCCAGCUCAGCUCCUCCUAUGGCUCCUGGUGAGGAAAGACUGCUGGGACAGGUUACCACCAGCUGGUGACUCAGGACCGUCGAUACUCAGGCUACUGAAAGCUGGAGUCUUGGCUUGAGUGUGGUGGGCCACGCUGCCUCAGAAGGCUCUGGAGUGCUCCUCCUGCUGUCCUCCUCUGGUGGCUGCAAGAGAUCCUUAGUGGUACUGGCUUGUAGGUGUGUCGUUCAGGUUCUCUGUACUCAUGGUUCCACGGUCAGUACCUGCCCUGUGCGUCUCUGUUCAAGCUCCCCUUUCCCAAGCAGGACGCCAGCCACCCAGGCUGGGCCCAUCUCCUGUUAGUAAGCACUUGUCUGCACUGGCAGUGUCUCUUCUUAGUUACCAAAGACGUGUGUCUUAGUUACUGUUCCAUUGCUGUGAAGAGAUACAUGAUCAAGGUAAGUUACAAAAGAGUUCAUUGGGAGCUUACAUUUUCAGAGAGUUAGAGUCUAUGACCAUCGUGGUGGGGAGCAUGGCGGCAGGCAGGCAGGCAGGCAGGCAGGCAUGCAUGCAUGGUGCUGGAGCAGUAGCUGAGAGCUUACAUCCUUAUCCACAAGCACAGGACAGAGAGAACACACUGGGAAUGGUGUGGGCUUUUGAAACUACAAAGCCCGCCCCCAGAGACACACCUCCUCCAACAAGGUCACACCUCCUAAUCCUUCCCACACAGUUCUACCAACUUAAGACCAAGCAUUCAAACAUAUGAGCCUGUGGGGGCCAUUUUCAUUCAAACCACCACAUUCCUCUCCCUGGCCCUGUAGGCUUGGAGCCAUAUCAUAAUGCAAAAUGUAUUCAGUCUGAUGCCAAAAAGUACCAGUUAUUAGGGUUUGACAUAAGGUUGUCUGAGGAUAUAAUGAAAUUGGGACACAGGCAUGGCAACAUCCGAUGUCGAUAUUUCUCAAGAAGUAAAUUUGGAACGGCAACAGAUGUAACAAGGAACACGGGAUGCCUGUGACCUUCCUCAAUUUCUAGAGAAUGGUAAAUGAUGUUCCUAUACCUCAGACAGUUUUCUGAAGACAAAUAACAGCGUUGUGCUUUAUAUAACCUUGAACAUGCUAGGCUGUAAGGCAGGUCUCUCUGCGACCGUAAACUCACUCUAUCAAAGGAGCUGUAAUCAUAAAACUGAGCCCUGUCGUGCAGAUUGCCCUCAAGUGCUUGGCUGCCUUGAGUCCCCUGUUUCCCCGCUUUGGUUCUUCCAGGCAACCUCUCCCACCACAUUGUUUUUCAGUCUCAACUGUUUAAAAGUCCAAAGUUUCUUCUGAGACUCAGGACAAUCUCUUAUACAACCCCCUGCAUACUUCCAACAUACAAUGGCACAGAAUAUACAUUACCAUUCCAAAAGAGAGGGAUAGGGGCGCAGUGAGGAAAAGUGGACCCAAGCAAGAUCGAAACCCAUCAGGGCAAACUCCAAAUCCUGUAACUUUAUGUCUGAUGUCAAAGGGCUUAGAUGGCUCUGCCCUUCCAGCUUUGCCAACUGCAACACACUUGUCUUUCUUGGGCUGGUUCCACUCCCUGCAUGCAGCUCAGACAUUCAUGGCUCUGGCACCACCAACAUUUUGGGAUCUCCAACACAGUCCAGGCUUCACCUUCACAGCUUCAUGCAAUGGCCUCUCGGGGCUUCCAUGCAGAAACUCCCCUGCCAUACUCCUGGCCUUAGCAUCUUAAGAAGAUUCCACAACCCAUUUACUGACUCCUGUAUCCUUCAUGACUCUAAAGCUAGAACCACACUGCUGAUGCUGCCAAGUUCUGCUGGCUGCUUGGAAUGGAAUCUGACCCCUUCUCUCUGUGAAUUACAUUUGCAUAAUCUUUGAUCUGUUGAUGCUUUUUAGGAUCAGAAAACCCUUCAGGCCUUUCCCUUUAACAAGUUGCAGGAUUAUUUGGGUGGGGCCUCACCCUGAGGGCACCACCACUCCCUUUAUCUAUCCCUUCCUCUUCUCUUUCAGCACAAAUCACAGCCCCAACAUUGAAUUUCCUGGUGCUCUUUUUCUCCUCAAACUGUGUAUUUUGUAUUUCUUUUUGUCCUUUUUGCCCUUUUCCAUUGUAGACCUGCACUAACAACCAUGGAAUAGACUCAAUAUUGGGCUGUCGUGAACUCUUCUCUGCCAAUAAAAUUAGUCCAAAACUCUUAAAUUUAGCCUCCAGCAUGUUCUUAGGACAGGGGCAAAAAUCAGCCACAUUCAUUGUCAGAAUAUCACAAGAAUGGUCUCUAGCCUAGUUGCUGAUAUUGUUCCCCUCUGAAACCUCUUGAGCUGGGUCUCUGUUGGUUCAUGUUGCUCUUAACACUACUGUCUGCCAAGCACCAUCAUAGGAGCCAGAGUCAACUUGUACACCCCACCUGUCAAGGACCAGGUAACUUCCUGGAAUGCUGGAAGUUGUAG